CCUCGUUACGAAAGCGCGUUUCGUUGGAGUCGUUAAACGAAUUCGUUAGAUCGUAAGUGUACAGUGGAAGUUGGUGAUUUUUACAGUGAGUGUUUUAAGUGAUAUUGACGUGAUUAUAUACAGUGCACGGUGGAUGAAGCAGGUAUAAGGUUCGGCCUACAACGCAAAAUCAGGACUAUGACGUAAUUCAAUAAUAUGUCAUCUGUGGCCUUAAUUUGACAAGAUGGCGCGAGGACUCAUCUUCCUUGCGGUGGUUUUGACGACGGUUAUACCGGGACACUGCGCUCAUAGACACGGCCACGACAUUUCUACCGAAGAUCCAGUACUGGCAGAUACACACCACGACAACACCACACAUCAUGGCAAGGAUCGUGCUGGCUGGUCACAGUGGAGUGAGUGGUCACUAUGUUCAAGGACGUGUGACGGAGGCGUUUCAAGACAGCUUCGAACCUGCUCAUCACCAGUUGGUUGUAGGGGAGAGCCAGUCCGGUACAAGAUAUGUAAUAUGCAGCCAUGCCGCGCAAACGUGUCUCUUCUAGAAGAAGACAUAUGGAGGGAGCAGCAGUGUAGUGCACAUGACAAUACUCCUUACGGCGGUGAACUCUUCCACUGGCGUGCUCAUCGUGAUGAUGCUGAACCCUGUGCGCUGACAUGCCGAGGAACUCCACAACAUUCCGGCUUAAAGCCUGAACCGACAGUAACGUUGGAUGAUGAAGAUCGUGUGGUGGUGGCUGUACUGGCUCCCAGAGUAUCGGAUGGUACAAGAUGCCGGCCUGGUAGCCUCGACAUGUGCAUUGAUGGACGAUGUCAGCGCGUCGGCUGCGAUCUACGGGUCGGGUCAACCCGGCGAGUGGACGAAUGCGGUGUCUGCGGCGGCGACGGCUCGUCCUGCUCACGGCCGCGUUACCACUGGCUGUCUACACCUGGGUCUUUAUGCUCAGCAACUUGUGGGGGAGGGUAUAAAAUGUCGCUAGCUGUGUGCAGGGAUCGAUUGACGGGUUUAGAUGCUCCAGAACAACUUUGUGAUGGAUCAAGCAAGCCUUCUUCGUCUGUAGUGCGAUGUAACAUGCAUCCAUGUCCGUAUAAGUGGUACGUUGGUGAGUGGUCAUCAUGCAGCAUGACAUGUGGUGGUGGUGUUCGAACAAGAAGAGUUUUGUGUGCCAGAUCAGCAAAUGUUACACGAGCUGACACUUAUGAUCCAGAAUCAAGCUCAGAGCCGGGUUGCGUGACUCCACCCCCGCGGUCUACACAGGACUGUAAUGAGCAAGAAUGCCCAACUUGGAUUGCUGGCGCCUGGUCAGGGUGCUCAGUAUCCUGCGGUGAAGGAGUACAAGUAAGAGGCGUGGAAUGCUCCCCUUCGGGUGGAAUGUGUGAUCCCUCCACCAGACCUGAGAUAUCCAGGUCAUGUUCCACCGGUAUCAGCUGUCCAGCGUAUCGCCAAGUGGAGUUACCUGAGGAUGAUAUAGAAGAUCUGCUACCAGGUGUGGUAUAUCACACUCAACCGCUAAUACAACCUUAUCCACCACCUCAAGCGAAGGCUGAACAGCUCAUUGGAGAACCAGAUGUUCCAGUAGAGGCUACCAAUUUCAAAAUAUUCUUUGCGUGUGGCUGGUUGUAUGUAAGUUACAUCAAGGACGAUGAAUGGGGCCCGUGUAGUGUUACUUGUGGUGAAGGAUGGAGGAAAAAGGAGGUCCACUGCAAGAUAUUUCUAGAAUUCAGUAGAACGAUAGCGAAACUACCAGAUAGCAAAUGUAUGGGUCCUAAGCCUACUGAGGAAACACAGAGAUGUGUCAUGGAACCCUGCUCGAUGGCAUAUGGAACAUCGUUUGGAGACUCCAGUGCCCCGUCAUAUGGAGGUGAUAGCAGAUCUCUAAUAUUUGGAACUUCAAGUAACAUUCGGGUAGCUCCGGGUUCGCCCGGGAAAUCCUAUUCGUGGAAAGAAAAGGGAUAUACAAGUUGCAGUGCGUCUUGUCUAAGUGGAGUACAGGAACUAAUUAUCCAAUGCGUGAGAGACGAGGAUGGGAAAAAUGCAUCUCCAUACAUGUGUGAUCCACUUACGAAGCCGGAAAAUAGAGUCAGGACCUGCAAUGAUCAUCCCUGCCCGCCAAGGUGGAACUACACAGACUUUUCCCAGUGCACAAAGUCUUGUGGCAUUGGAAUACAGACGAGAGAAGUGACGUGUAUUCAUGAGGUAACUCGGGGCGGAACAAACACAGUAGUGGUACCCAACAGUAUGUGCCCGCAGCCACCUCCACCUGAUCGUCAAUACUGCAACGUCCUUGACUGUCCUGUGCGAUGGCAUAGUGGAGACUGGACCAAGUGCUCUAAAACCUGCGGAGGAGGCGUCAAGCAGAGAGAGGUUAUAUGUAAACAAGUAAUGGCCCAAUCUCAUGUGGUAGAGCGCCCUCCCUCACAAUGCAGCUCUCCACGACCUGCUUCUACGAAACCCUGCAAUAGUCGACCAUGUCUUUUAGACACUUCAGCGCCAGAAAUCUCCCUGGCUAACUCGUCAUAUAUUCAACAUGACCCUAAGAAGAAAAAGGUGACAGUUAAAGUUGGUGGAUCAGCGACAAUAUUUUAUGGGACUCAAGUAAAAAUAAAAUGUCCUGUUAAAGGAUACAAUAGAACCAAAAUACAGUGGGCGAAGGAUAGUCAAAUAAUAUCGAAGUCUAAAAAGUAUAAGAUAUCGAAAAAGGGCGCACUACGGAUAACGUCCUUAUCACUACGAGAUCAUGGAGUCUACACGUGCGUAGCUGGAAGAUCGAGUGCAAACCUUACAUUAUUGGUCAAACCUAGGCCUGGAGAAUUCCCUUCCAGUGAGGAAAUAGAGAGGCACAAAGCGCUAGACGAGCCGUCUUCACCAUUGGCAGACCGAGCCGAUGGGCGCUAUCGGGCAAUGAUCGGCGGAAGAUCAGACGAUCAAUCGCAUGAACAGAGACCGGGAGAACAGAAGAAGAAUUAUAAGGGCAGGCAAAAAGGCAAAGUUGAUAAAGUUCGAGACGCGUUAUACGGAAGUGCAAGUACGAGUACGAAAGCCUCGCCGAGCUUCAACUCGCAGGCCCGAGACAUCUAUGAUGAGAAUGAGGAGAGUGCUAUAUCAUCCCGGAUGCUCCCGCCCAAUAGCAGUGGCGCCUCACAACUCUUGCCGUGUCUGCAUUUCCUUGUCAUGCAACUUCAGAUGUUCUGGAAUUUUCAGACCACAGGCAAUUCGAGAGGUCAAAGAAUGGCAGAUCCUGUUUUAAUGUACCAAAAUUACGGGACGCCGACGAAGACUCGCAUCGUGAGCUUUGAUAGCAAGCAAAUCGUCUUUCCCGAAGACGAUGACUCUGAUAUCAUCAUCGUUAAUGAAGAUUACCAAAAGAAUACGCUAGAACAACGUCUGGAUGUUGGUGACUUGAUUGAAUCCACAACUGUUACGGAAAGGACGCUCCCAAGUGACGCCCAUGAAUACACCUGGAUGACAACUGAAUGGUCGCCGUGCAAUGCUCCAUGUGGUGCAACAGGUCACGAAGUUAGGGGAGCGGUCUGUCAGCAUAAAAUAGGGAAUGAAACGGCGACAGUGGAGACGGAAGAAUGCCUGACAAGGAUAGCAAUACAACCGACUGUUCUUCGCGAAUGUGUCGGCGGCAGUUGUGCCACUUGGAGUAUUUCUUCCUGGUCUCCUAUUCGAUGUUUGUCUAGUGGAAUUGCGAUAUCUCGUCGUCGAGUUGAAUGUGUAGCGGAUAACGGAACUUCACUAGCGGAUCCUGCGUGCUCGUUCUCUUCUCGCCCUGAGCGGACUCGUCGGGAGGCAGUCCGGUGCCAGCCGGUUUGGGUCGUGGGGUCUUGGAGUAAGUGCAUAGGAACCUGCGGUGUGACAGGCAGACAACACCGUGUGUUGCGUUGCGUAUGGCGGUUCCCAGACAUGCGCAGGCGCGCCAAGAAAGAACGCCCUGCUGCACUUUGUACCGGCGUUAGGCCAGAUGUCGCCAGGGAAUGUCAUAUGUCUUGUAAUCAAGAUGGCGUGUGCAAAGACACGUCCCGUUUCUGCGAAAACGUACGCGCAAUGAACAUGUGCGCAGUACGUCGAUACAAGGAGCAUUGUUGCAAAACUUGCGACGAUUAAAUAGACUGUUUUAUACGUAUUCUGUAUUCGAUAGUUUUAAUUAAAGGCCAAAAGUGGUACAAUUGAAAAUACUAAAAUCAUCACACAAGUUUUCAAGAAUUUAUUCUAUUUUAUUGUGUUGAUGUUUCUAUAGAAAAUAAUAAUCUAUUUCUAUACUAAAAACAUCCAAUUUUUUUAUAGACAGUGACAAAAGUUUUAACUAAUCGAAAACAUGCUGAACCAACCCUAAAGAAAUCUCUAAAAACAACUUAAGUAUUUGUGUUUAUAUUUUCGUAAUUGUACCAUUUUUGGCGAUACAAAUUUUACCCACCUAAUUUAUUUUUUACUAAAGUAUUUUGGCCAGUCCCUAGUAUUAUUUGAAUAGGUUGCAUUAAUAGUAUUUUUAUAUAUGUUCGAGAUUUAUGUGUUAUUAAGAAGGAACUUCCUUCCUUCCUUUCUUAGUCCUAAACCUGUGUUAUCUUACGUAAAAAUGCUAUUAAUGAAACUUAAUAAUCAGUAUUUAUGUGCAAAUCGCGUGAAGGAAUUAUAUAUGAACGCUUUAAAAUUAUUACAUUUUAAAUAUAUAUUAUAGGUACUGUUGAGGAUUUCCAAUAAUAUUGUAAUAAACAAAAUAUGCAUUAACAAAACAACUUCUGAAGAUUUAAAAUAGACUACAAAAUAUCAUGAUUAAUUUUUGAAAUUUCCUAAAUUUAAAAUGUAAAUUAUUCAAAAUAUAGUUCGAAUUUAAUUUUAAGUAGAAAACAAAGUAUUUAGGAAAAACAAUGUUUUGUACAUUAUAUAUUUAGUAUGUAAAUAAGCACCUGUGCUACGCUUAGUAUUAUCAGUAAUAUAAUGCACAAAAGUAUAUUUAUGCAAUAAAUGUAUAGAGAAUUAGAGAAAAUUGCCAAAUUGUUAGCGACGUGUUUCAGAAAUACAGUCGCGUGGAAAAUUUUUAAAAAAAUAUUGUCAAUUUAGCAAAGUUUUAGUGGGAGCGUGGGCGAGUGUUAGAAAUGUGCUGACUCGAAGAACUAUUACAAUUUUAGAUUAUUUUGAGGGAUGUGUGCGGUGUUUGUUUAUGUCUUCAUGUAUCUGUUAUGAACUAUAAAUAUUGCGAAAAUGUUUGGUGAUUUCAGUUAUUUUUUUCAUAACAUUGUUAAAUAUAAAUUAUGUGUCGCGACAUUUGACAUAUUUUGUCAAACAUAUCGCUAAUCUUAUACAAAACAAACUGACACAAACAUCGCAUUAAUCCUUCAAAGCAUAUUACUAGUAAAUUAUAUAAUGUAUAUUAAUAAACCAAUCGAAUGAACGAAGCAAUAUAGUCGCUUAUGUAUGUAAAUAAAAAUGUAUCAACCAUUCAUCCAACAUUCAUUGCCGCUUAUAGCAGUUUUAACUUCUAUUAAAUCUAAAUAAACUUUAUCGCCUCCAUUCAACAACAUGAACAAUUCAACAACUUUAACAUACAAUGGGGUUGGAUUAUUUGAUGUAAUAUUAUGAAGGAGACUUAGCGCGAACUAUGUCUAAAUCAAUUACGUUUUUGACAUAUAGGACCCUUAAUAUCACCUUUCUGAAUAUCAUCCUGUGUUACACUGAGUUGUUCUAUUCUUUAUCGAAUAAAUUUAUCCACCAAUCAGUCACCAAUCGGUCAAUGAAAACCGAUGUAUUUAAAUAUAAAAAACACUGCUUUAAGUUGUAAUGAACUUCGGUGGAUACGCUAUAAUUUCUGUCCAUUUAGCGAGUAAAUUCAUUCCUCAUAUCUUAUAAUAUAAAGUAGAAAAUGACACAUUUAUUUUAUUUCAUAUGGUUGUUGACUUACCUAUGAAUUUUUGUUUGGUCCCCUUGGGUGAUGAUCUAGAGACAGAUAACAUACUAAAAUUUUACAAUGUAUAUUCUAUUCUUUUAGGUAUUCAUUAUAAAGGAUGUACUAUUCAGAGAUAACAUAUAGUUCCCGGUAAAUAAAUUUACCAGUAUAAUACAACUACACUAAAUUAGAAGUGAAGUAGUCGUUUACUACUUCUGUCCUAAAAGUACUUAAAUGCCUCUUACCUUCAGUCUAUGUUUUUUUUUUUCCUUUAUGGCUCUGGCACGGUUUGUGCAUUAGCCAGCGACAAGUAGGUAUUCAGUCUAUGUUAAUCGGGCUGAUACCGACAAAACUAACCAGUCUUAUUUUCUAAUUAUUAAGAAGUUUAGGAAGCAGACAUGUAUCAAGUCUUAUCAAUUGUCACUGUCAAGUGGUAUAUGACAAUACAACUGUCACUCCUAGCACAGAUUAAUAUUUGCGUUAUUAAAUUAAAUAUAAUUUGUUUAUCUGUCUAUUAAGUUUUAUUAAUCUCGAAAGUAGAAGAGUUAAAAUACUUAACUGUCAAAACCUACUUUAUAACUACUGAAUGACAAACGUCGCUUUUCACUGUCUAAAUUAUAUGGCUUUUGACAACCAACGUUGCUGUGACCAUUAACAAGUAUUUUUAACGAAAUGUUUUUAGGUAUUGCUUUGUGUGUGAAAGAGUGUGUAAAUGUCGGAGCUGCAUUCAAAUGAGACCCUGCAUUUGUUUUUAGAAUAUUACAGAUAAAAGUAUCACGUAACAUAUUUUUACUUGAUAUAAUGAUAGAGCAUUCUUUCUUGAUGCUAUUGUGAGGUUUUAUGAAAACAGAACUUUUAGUUCACUCGUUUUAUAUUCAUAUGUUGAUAAUAAUUUAAAUGUAUGGUUAAUUACCUACUUGAAUGCAGUUCAACAUACUUAUAUAAUGUACUUAUCUCAAAAUCAUUAAAAUUAGUUAAAUUCAAUAAGUCCAGAACUGUAAAUUGUACCAAGAAUUUUCAAAUAUGAAAAUAUAUAAAUAAGUUACAA